UAGUUCCCACGUGUUUAUCAUGUCUGGUCGGGGCAAGGGCGGAAAAGGCCUUGGGAAAGGCGGUGUCAAGCGCCAUCGCCAGGUACUGAGCGAUAAUAUUCAGGGCAUUACCAAGCCCACUAUUCGGCGCUUGGCCUGGCAUGGCGGUGUCAAGCGCAUCUCGGGCCUCAUUUAUGAGGAGCCCCGCGGGGUGUUCAAGGUGUUCCUGGAAAAUGUGAUCUGGUACGCCGUGACCAACAUGGAGCACUCCAAGGUCAAGACGGUCACCGCCGUGGCCGUGGUCUACGUGCUCAGACGCCAGGGACGAACCCUUCCAACAGCUCUCCAUCUCUGGAAUGGGAAGUUCGCAAUGGCUCGUACCAAGCAGACUGCUCGCAAGUCCACGGGUGGGAAGGCGCCACGCAAGCAGCUGGCCACUAAGGCUGCUCGAAAGAGCGCUCCGGCCACCGGCGGCGUGAAGAAGCCCCACCGUUACCGGCCCGGCACUGUGGCUCUGCGCGAGAUCCGCCGCUACCAGAAGUCGACAGAGCUGCUGAUUCGCAAACUGCCAUUCCAGCGUCUGGUCCGUGAGAUCGCGCAGGACUUCAAGACCGAUCUGCGCUUUCAGAGCUCGGCGGUGAUGGCGCUGCAGGAGGCCUGCGAGGCCUACCUAGUGGGGCUCUUUGAGGACACCAACCUAUGCGCCAUUCACGCCAAGAUGUCAGGCCGCGGUAAGGGCGGAAAGGGUCUAGGAAAAGGUGGCGCCAAGCGUCACCGUAAGGUAUUGCGUGACAAUAUCCAAGGAAUCACCAAGCCCGCCAUCCGGCGCUUGGCUCGGCGUGGCGGCGUCAAGCGUAUUUCUGGCCUCAUUUAUGAGGAGACUCGCGGAGUGCUGAAGGUUUUCUUGGAAAAUGUAAUCCGCGAUGCUGUCACCUACACGGAGCACGCCAAACGCAAGACGGUCACAGCCAUGGAUGUGGUGUACGCGCUCAAGCGCCAGGGACGCACUCUGUAUGGCUUCGGCGGCUGAGCUUAGCUCGACAGUUCACUCACAAAACCAACGGCCCUUUUCAGGGCCACCUAUCCACUCAGGAGAAAGAGAAGUAGUCACUGCUAAAAAUUAAUGUAGUUUCACGUGUUUAGUAGAUCCGGUUUUCAAGUUAAAUUGUUUUAUUACGUCUCGGCUUCGUAUCUUAUUGGCCAGUGAGGAUAGUGUAUUUUGUUUUAUUCUUAAGUUUAUUUUCAGUCUUGCUCUGUCGCCCACACUGGAGUGCAAUGGCGCGAUCUCGGCGAUCUGCAGUCUCCGCCUCCCGGGUUCAAACGAUUCUUGUGCUUCAGCCUCCUGCGUAGCUGGGGCAACCGGCUUGCGCCACCAACACCUGGCUAAUCUUUGUGUUUUUUGCAGCGAUGGGUUUUCGUCAUGUUGCCCAGGCUGGUCUUGAACUCCAGCUCAAAAGAGAUUUCCCUCCUCGGCCUCCGAAAGUGCUGGGAUUACAGGCGUGAGCCACCACGCUUGGCCUGUUUUCUGCAUUUCUGUAAGGAGGCUGAUGGCAAACUGCCGCUAACAUUCUGCAUGGCUAUCAGAGAAACAAGGUAGCAAAACCUGUAUCUCAGAAGGCAAGUGGUAAAGGCUGAUGCUGCCGUGAAGAAUAGUGAAAGAAAUGGAGGUAGUUACUAGUUCCUACCGAGGCAUUGUUACAUGAAAGGAAGACAAAAUGGCAUUCAGAUGGUUAUUGGUGUGGGGGGAUGGGAGGUGUGUGAGGCACUUGACUGGCAAAUAACAAUCUUUAAAGAAGAAAGUAGUAAUUACCGUGAGAAAAACAACCGUGGAAGUACAUAAGAUUCAACAUUUUUUAGUGGAAUGGGGAGAGGCCAACUUGUUUGUCUCUUGCUCUGAGCUGCCUUCCAUCCAGAUCUACUGGUUUUCUAUUGUUGAAUUUAAAAGGACUUUUUAUUUAUGUACCCGUGGCCAAUUUAAAGGUAUGUUGAACGAGUUCUUUUUUUGUUGUCGUUUUAUCUUAAAUAGUCUUAGACUUUAUUAUUAACACAAAUCAUUUUACCUUAAAUCAUAGAUCAGGUUACUGUGGGUGCAUGAAUGGGCGUUUAAAACCGAGGUUGUCAUGAUUAAAUUCCCACCUUCUUUCCCUUUACACCUCAGGAAAUGAGACAAAAAUAAGUAAGCCAUUCUCUAGUGGGUUACUCCAGUCCUUACAAUCUCAGGACUAUCAGUAUGCCACUGUAUUAUUCGCUGUCCUCAAAAUGGAUUUUAAUUUGUGGAGAAUAUUGAGUAAACCCUCAUUUUUCCAAUAAAGUUUUUUCACUUUAUCAUAAUAAAGAGAAAGCUAGACAGGUGGCUAUCUAGCAAGAGACAUUUCCUAGGCUUUCUGGGAGCAGAUGUAAGCAUGUGGCUACAUUAUUUCCAACACAGGUGAGACACAUAGAAAAGUUACUACCAGGUCUGGGCUUUGAAACUUCCAUGUUACCUUCUUCCCCAACUAUAAUGGUAUUGAUUUCAUUUUGAGCAAUUAGAGAACAUCAGGCCCUAGGAGAUGACAGAACAUUGACUUGGAAUGAACAAAAUUUCCUGAUUGAUCACAAGGAGCAGAGCUGCUUCACAAAGCUGGACUAAUCACAAUAGAUUUGUUCCAUGAAACAAAAAUAUCUGUCUUUAAGCUUAUUUAUUGUUGAGUCUCUUUGUAAGCAGCAUAACUUUAUCACACAAAAUUCAGUUUUGUUACUAAACUUAUUUAGUAUUGUGGAACGUCCUUCCAUUGACCUAAAAGCUCUUUACAGAAAAGCCGAUGCCAAAUGAGCCUGUCAACUUGGUAUCACCUCUGUUGUGUUCCAUUACAGACAGAACAGAGUGGGGCUAAUUACAAGUUAGAGAUUAGGCAAGGCACAUGGCUCACGCCUGUAACCCCAGCUCUUUGGGAGGCCAAGGUGUGUGGAUCACUUGAGGUCAGGAGUUUGGGACCUGCCUGGCCAACAUGGAGAAACCUCGUCUCUAAUAAAAAUACAAAAAUUAGCUGGGCAUGCUGGCACACGCUUGUAGUCCCAGCAGCUUCGGGGUCACAGAGUGAGACUCUAUCUCAAAAAAAAAAAAAAAGUUAUCAAUGGAUAGACUAGAUAGUCUAUAUGUCUUCAGCAGUGGUAACCUGUAUAUUUCAAUGGGCUGACUUCCCUUAAAGAGUGGUUCUGCCAGGCACGGUGGCUCUCACCUGUAAUCCCGGCACUUUGGGAGGGCAAGGCAGGCGGAUCACCUGAGGUUGGGAGUUUGAGAACACCCUGGCCAACAUGGAGAAACCCUGUCUCUACUAAAAAUAAAA